AGCCGUUUCAGCUUCGCUGAGCUUCGGCGCGUCCUGUCCCCCCCCUUCCUUUUCUGGCUGCCCAGGGAGCCGGUCGCGGUGGCAGCGCAGCGAUGGCGCUGAGCCUGACGGUGAACUCGGAGGUUCCCCCGCUCGGAGCUUUGCUAACUGUAGAGCACGUGAAAAAUGAUGUCAAAAUUUCGGUUGAAGAAGGCAAAGAGACCAUCCUCCGUGUAUCUGACCAUGCUGUGUUCACUGAUGUGAAUUCCAUAGUUCGCUAUCUGGCUAGAGUUGCCACUUCCGCAGGGCUAUAUGGUUCUAAUCUUCUGGAACACACUGAGAUUGACCAUUGGCUGGAAUUCAGCGCGACAAAGUUAUCUACCGGUGCCCAGUUUGGUUCAGCACUCCUUGAGCUUAAUCACUGUCUGUCUCUGAGGACCUACUUGGUUGGAAACUCCCUGAGUCUGGCAGAUUUGUGUGUCUGGGCUGUACUAAAAGGCAGUAGUGCAUGGCAAGAACAGUUGCAGCAAAACAAGGCUCUAGUCCAUACGAAGCGCUGGUAUGGCUUUCUUGAGGCACAGUGUGCCUUUCAAUCAGUGGGUACCAAGUGGGCUGCAGCUGCAUCAAAGACCAAAGUGGCAACAGAAAAGAAACAAGAUGUUGGGAAAUUUGUGGAACUCCCAGGUGCAGAGAUGGGGAAGGUCAUUGUUCGGUUUCCUCCUGAAGCCAGUGGUUACUUACAUAUUGGUCAUGCAAAAGCUGCUCUGCUAAAUCAGCAUUACCAGGUUAACUUUAAAGGAAAACUCAUCAUGAGGUUUGAUGACACAAAUCCUGAAAAAGAAAAAGAAGACUUUGAAAAGGUUAUCCUGGAAGACGUUGCGAUGCUGCACAUCAAACCAGAUCAAUUUACAUAUACCUCAGAUCACUUUGAAACUAUAAUGAAAUAUGCUGAGAAGCUUAUUCAAGAAGGGAAGGCGUACGUGGAUGAUACUCCUGCAGAACAAAUGAAAAUGGAGCGUGAGCAGAGAAUAGAAUCUAAACACAGAAAUAACUCUGUUGAGAAGAAUCUACAAAUGUGGGAAGAAAUGAAAAAGGGAACAGAAUGUGGACAAAUGUGUUGUCUACGAGCAAAAAUAGACAUGAAUAGUAACAAUGGGUGUAUGAGAGACCCAACCCUUUAUCGUUGCAAAAACCAACCACACCCACGCACUGCAAGUAACUACAAUGUUUAUCCUACAUAUGACUUUGCCUGCCCCAUUGUUGACAGUAUUGAAGGUGUCACACAUGCAUUAAGAACAACAGAAUACCAUGACAGAGACGAGCAGUUCUACUGGAUCAUUGAAGCCUUGGGCAUAAGGAAGCCAUACAUCUGGGAGUACAGUCGUCUAAACCUCAACAACACUGUGCUAUCUAAAAGAAAGCUCACCUGGUUUGUCAAUGAAGGGCUGGUAGAUGGAUGGGAUGAUCCAAGAUUUCCCACUGUGCGUGGUGUGCUGAGAAGAGGCAUGACUGUUGAAGGACUAAAACAGUUUAUUGCUGCACAGGGCUCCUCCCGAUCUGUUGUCAACAUGGAAUGGGAUAAAAUUUGGUCAUUUAACAAAAAGGUCAUAGACCCAGUGGCACCUCGGUAUACUGCUUUACUGAAGGAUGAAGUGGUCACUGUGAACGUUCCUGAAGCCCUAGAUGAGAUGAAAGAAGUGGCCAAACAUCCAAAGAAUGCUGAUGUUGGCUUGAAGCCUGUGUGGUACAGUUCCAAAGUGCUGAUUGACGGUGCAGAUGCAGAGACUUUGACUGAGGGAGAGACUGUUACAUUCAUAAAUUGGGGCAACAUUAUCAUCACUAAAAUACACAGAAACUCAAGCAGGAAAAUCGUGUCCAUUGAUGCCAAGCUGAACAUGGAGAACAAGGACUACAAAAAAACCACUAAGAUCACUUGGCUUGCAGAGACCCCCCAUGCGCCUCUCAUUCCAGCCGUCUGUGUUAACUAUGACCAUCUAAUCACCAAACCUGUCCUAGGUAAAGAUGAAGAUUUCAAGCAAUAUGUCAACCGAAAUAGUAAGCAAGAAGAACUGAUGUUAGGUGAUCCUUGCCUUAAGGAGUUGAAAAAAGGAGACAUUAUACAACUUCAGAGAAGAGGAUUUUUUAUUUGUGAUCAACCCUAUGAACCAGUUAGCCCAUAUAGCUGUAAAGAAGCCCCAUGCGUUUUGAUUUAUAUCCCUGAUGGACACACAAAGGAAAUGCCAACAUCUGGCUCAAAAGAGAAGACGAAAGCAGAAACUGCAAAGAAAGAGGCUAAUUCAACUUCAAAGGGAAAGUCUGUUCCACUUGUUGCUGAUACCUGUAUUCCAGCCUCUGCUCCAUCUGAGGACCCCCUGGUCUUUUACAACAGAGUGUCUGCUCAGGGUGAUGUAGUUCGUGAUUUGAAAGGUAAAAAGGCUGCAAAGGAAGAUAUUGACACAGCUGUGAAACAGCUAUUGUCCUUGAAGGUGGAAUACAAGGAGAAGACAGGCCAGGAGUAUAAGCCUGGAAAUCCUCCUGCAGCAGCUGUAGCAGUACCAAAUGUUUCUUCGACACCUCAGACCUCCAUCAAUCUGGACAGCAAAGCUCUUUAUCAUAAAGUAGCUGAGCAAGGGGAGGUGGUCAGAAAACUGAAAGCUGAGAAAGCCACUAAGGAUAAAGUAGAUGAAGCAGUGAAACUCCUCCUUUCUCUGAAAGCAGAGUAUAAAGAAAAGACUGGGCAGGACUACAAGCCAGGACACGUGCCAGCAACUCAGAUAUCUGCUUCACCCCAAACAACAAGCACAGAAAUCAAUGGCCCAGACACACCAGAAGCUAAAGCUCUGUUUAACAAGGUGGCUUGUCAAGGAGAAGAGGUCCGUAAACUAAAAGCAGGAAAAGCAGAAAAGGAUAAAAUAGAUACAGCAGUGCAGGAACUGCUUCAACUGAAGGCCCAGUACAAGUCUCUUGCAGGAGUAGACUAUAAACCUGUCUCUGCCACUGGUGUUGAGGAUAAAGAUAAGAAAAAAAAAGAGAAGGAGAACAAGUCUGAAAAGCAGAAUAAGCAACAGAAACAGAGUGAUACUCAGAAGAAAGAAUAUCAGAAAGACCAAGGUGGUAAUGGCCUCUCCUCAGACGGUUCAGGAGAAGGUCAAGGGCCUAAGAAACAGACCAGGCUCGGUCUAGAAGCUAAAAAAGAAGAAAAUCUUUCUGAUUGGUUUUCUCAGGUGAUCACAAAAUCAGAGAUGAUUGAAUACUACGAUGUGAGUGGCUGCUACAUUCUUCGUCCAUGGACUUUUUUCAUUUGGGAAACCAUCAAGGAUUUUUUCGAUGGUGAGAUCAAGAAACUUGGUGUAGAAAACUGCUACUUUCCCAUGUUUGUGUCCCAGGCUGCUCUGGAGAAAGAGAAGACUCAUAUUGCUGACUUUGCCCCUGAGGUUGCUUGGGUUACGAGAUCUGGUAAAACAGAGCUGGCUGAACCAAUUGCUGUACGUCCUACAAGUGAAACAGUAAUGUAUCCUGCCUUUGCAAAGUGGGUGCAGUCACAUAGAGAUCUUCCUAUCAAGCUUAAUCAGUGGUGCAAUGUAGUGCGUUGGGAGUUCAAACAUCCUCAGCCUUUCCUGCGCACUCGUGAGUUCCUUUGGCAGGAAGGACACACGGCAUUUGCUACGUAUGAAGACGCAGCAGAAGAGGUAUUGCAGAUUCUUGAUCUGUAUGCUCGGGUGUAUGAAGAACUCCUGGCAAUACCUAUUGUGAAAGGAAGAAAAACUGAAAAAGAGAAGUUUGCAGGUGGAGAUUAUACAACCACUGUGGAAGCAUAUGUAUCUGCCAGUGGAAGAGCUAUCCAGGGAGCAACAUCGCACCAUCUGGGGCAGAAUUUUUCAAAAAUGUUUGAGAUUGUGUUUGAAGAUCCCAAGAUACCAGGAGAAAAACAGUUCGCCUAUCAAAACUCUUGGGGCAUUUCAACUCGGACCAUUGGUGUGAUGACAUUGAUCCAUGGAGAUAAUAUGGGCUUGGUUCUACCACCUUGGGUAGCUUGUGUUCAGGUUGUAAUUAUUCCUUGUGGCAUCACAAAUUCUCUUUCUGAAGAGGACAAAGAGGCACUGAUGAAGAAAUGUAAUGAAUAUCUUAAAAGGCUGCUCCGUGUCAAUGUCCGCGUACGUGCUGACUUAAGAGACAACUAUUCACCUGGUUGGAAGUUCAAUCACUGGGAGCUUAAGGGUGUUCCCAUCAGGCUUGAAGUGGGACCACGAGAUAUGAAGAACGGCCAGUUUGUAGCUGUCAGAAGAGACACAGGACAGAAGAUGACCUUCGCUGAACAUGAGGCAGAGGAUAAACUCAGACACAUUUUAGAGGAGAUCCAUGCUAGCCUUUACAACAGAGCUUUUGAAGACCUAACAAAUCAUAUGGUGGUGGCCAAUACUAUGGAAGACUUUCAAAAAGAACUUGAAGCAGGAAAGAUUGUGCAGAUUCCCUUUUGUGGGGAAAUGGAGUGUGAGGACUGGAUCAAGAAAACUACUGCCAGGGAUCAAGAUCUUGAGCCUGGCGCCCCGUCCAUGGGAGCAAAAAGUCUCUGCAUCCCUUUCAAACCUCUCUGCGAGCUGCAGCGUGGAGCGAAAUGUGUCUGUGGCAAGAACCCCGCCAAGUUCUACACCCUGUUUGGUCGUAGUUACUAAGUUACUAGCGAAAACACCUUGUUCCUUAUCUCUGAACUCAACUUUUUUUAAUAAGACUGAAAUCUCCCCAGAUCUUAUCAGUUUUGUGACUUUUUAAAUAAUUCAAAAAACAAAGCCAUAAGAAACCAUAAAAAAAACCCAGUCGUCAGUCUUAGACUAGCAGUAUUGCUCAGAAUUUUCUGUAAACAUCUCUA